GUUGCGCGAUGACUGCUAAGGACCGUAAGAACAAGCGGGGGGCUUCAGGACCGCAAAGGACCUUAAGAACUAGGAAACAGAGAACUACAAGUAGGAGCAAACUCCAGCUUUCAGGUGGGAGUGAUGGCCCAAAACGUUCAUUUCCAAAAGGCACUAGCCGCCGCAUAAGAAAAAUGUGGAAAUUACAAGAGAGUCUGGCAGCAAUUGCUGAUUUUCAUAAGAAACGAUGUGCUAUUGAGGAGGAACGAUUUGGCAGGUUUCCCGAUCGGGAUGUUCCAAAAAUUUCCUUUAAAGAGAAACCAUUUGGUUUUGAAGCUGCACGUGGCCAAGAACUUUGUCGAUCCAGUGUCGUUUCACUUGCUUUGUUUGAUGGUGAUUGUGCUGAAGAAAACAUGUUGUUUGCAUGCUCUGGCAUAGCUCUACCACAUGGGAAAUCUAUACUAGACCUAACAAGAUUUGUCACUUCAGCAUGUUUGGUUAGAGAAUUCAAUGACAAAAGAAAUAGAGAUGAUAAAUUGAGGGUUAAAGUGCGGCUUCCUGAUAACACAACUACUGAUGGGCUCUUGGGACUAUAUGAUAAAGAUAUUGCUAUUGUUACAUCCAUUAACCACCUAAAUCUCUGUCCUGUACAUCUCGAUCUUCAGGCAUCACCUGACUGCCCUGAUGGUCACGUACUAGCUGCUGGACGUGCCUUCAAUUCAGGCAGUUUUAUGGCCAUGCAUGGAUCUCUGUCUAAUAAAUCUCCCCACAUCUUCCAUUCUGAUAGUGAAGAUUUCACAGAGGCUGCACUUGGAGGGCCACUUGUAGGAAUUGACGAGAGGUUUCAUGGGAUGAUCGUUGAUCUUUGUCAUGAUGGUUUUGAGGAUAGGAAAUGUGCCAAGUUCCUAUCGCUGAAAUCACUUUAUGAACGCUUGGAGUUGUUUCAGAUACUCAAUCCUAAAGAACUCCACUUCCGUGAUUAUUCGUUGCCUGAAGGUGUAUCAAGUGUGGUCCCUUCAGGAUUCAUGAAAACUAGUUACACUUUAAGAUCCUUAGGUUAUCCAAUGCCACCACCACUUGUGCUUGAAUUCAAUGGUGAGUUGCUUAAUCAAUUUGAAGACCGUUUUGGUGAAUUACGUGCUUGGAAAGGGUAUCCUUUUGGUGCUCCGCCCAAUGAUUAUUUCGAGUGUGUCUGGGAGAAACUUCAAAAGGAAGUUGUGACAAAUAUAUCCCGUAGGGUUGUCUCACUUGCUUCUUUCAACAGUGAUUAUUCGAGAUCCUUUGCUUGCACAGGGUUGCUUAUAAAGUGGCAUGGAAGCAGAGCCACACGCACUGUUGUCUUGACUUCUGCAAAUUUAGUUAGAAGUCGUGCUAAUGAAGAUGAACUCGAUGGAAACUUGAGGAUCGAGGUGUUUCUCCCACCGAAUCAACGUUGUGAUGGGACAUUGGAAAUGUAUAAUUUACACUAUAAUAUUGCUAUUGUCAGUGUCAAGAAAGGUUUCAAUGCUAUUCGACCAGAAGACAUUUUUGAUGGAAAGAAAGUGUCAGCUAAAAAGAAGGUAGUAGCUAUAGGGCGUGACACUAUAUAUGGACUAUUGAUGGCCACAAUGGGUAAAGUCAAAUGUGGUAACAAGGGCGAACUCAAUUGCAAAGAGCUUCGCUGUUCCACUUGUAAAAUUAAGAAGGCUGGGAUUGGUGGCCCUCUUAUUGAUUUUGAUGGGAGUUUUGUUGGUAUGAACUUUUAUGAUGGAAGCGAUGUGACUCCUUUCCUUCCAAGGCACGUGGUUGUUGAUGCUUUAUAUGGAGCGAAUAAUCUCAUAUUACCAUCCGAGAGCUCAGUUAACCCUGUGCGACUUGAUUCCAUUAGAGGGGUGGAGGAAAACAGGUGGCCAGUGCCUAAAGCAUAUUGGUAUCAUGGUGAACUUGAGAUGGAUUUGGACGAAGUCCAUAUGCGUAGGGGAAGGACUCUCACGUGAACUUAAUGGUGUAUUAGUAUCAUGGUGCACUUAAUGUGGAUAGGUAUGAUGUACCUUAGCUUACUGGGAGUAUUAUCAAUCGGAUGUCAAAGUUUGCUAGUAUCUAAGUAAUCAGUAGCACUAUCGUUGCCCUUAUGUCUGAAACAUUUGACUUGUACGGGUUACUGCAGGAUUGUCUGACUGACAGUUGCAAACUUACAAGUUUGCUCAAAUAUUAUCAAAUUGUGCUUAUGUGAUCACAAUUUUGCCAGGUUUA